AGAGCCAAGUCGCCGCCAUGUUGGCUCUCGCCCUCCCAAGGAACUCUGGGAAGAGCCGCUGAGCAGUUUCGUGGGCGGAGUUCGGCGUUCUGGAUCGCUCCGUCGCUCGGAACGAACGAGGACGACCAGACGUGGGCGAGGAAAGCCUAAACCGCAAACCCGACAAGUGGGCUCGAGUGUUUUUUGUUUGUUUUUGUUUUGGCGACACACUCGUGGAAUCCGUCGGCAACGGGAUCUCGACGUGAGAGGGAAGACCGAGAGACGGUCGGCGGCUUGUCGAGAUGUGAAUUGGAGUCAAGUGGACGCUGACGGCCGGCCGGACGGACGGAGCGACUACAGGGUCGAGGCUUCGACUGGAGUCGCUGCCCUGGCCCUUGCCGCACCGGAGAGGAGCAUCGGCGAGACCGGGCGAGGCGGGGCCGGACCAGCCGUCUCCCGCCCCGGAUUAUUAGCGAGCCCCCCCCACCCCCUGCGCCGGUCGCGGGGGGCGGGCUCCCGCCGACGACCCCAACCGGGAAUUAUCCGCAGUUUGGCGUCCUCGACGUCUGAACGGGGACGAUGGCGGACGACGACGUUCUCUUCGAGGACGUGUACGAGCUCUGCGAGGUGAUCGGCAAGGGUCCCUUCAGCGUGGUGAGGCGAUGCGUCAACAGAGAGACGGCGCAGCAGUUUGCCGUCAAAAUCGUGGAUGUGGCCCAGUUCACCUCCAGUCCUGGACUCAGCACAGAGGACCUGAAGAGGGAGGCCAGCAUCUGCCACAUGCUGAAACAUCCGCACAUCGUGGAGCUACUGGAGACUUACAGCUCCGACGGGAUGCUCUACAUGGUCUUUGAAUUCAUGGAUGGCGCCGACCUGUGCUUCGAGAUCGUCAAGCGGGCCGACGCCGGCUUCGUCUACAGCGAAGCCGUCGCCAGUCACUACAUGCGGCAGAUUCUGGAGGCGCUGCGCUACUGCCACGACAACAACGUCAUCCACAGAGAUGUCAAGCCUCACUGCGUGCUGCUGGCAUCCAAGGAGAACUCGGCCCCCGUCAAGUUGGGGGGCUUCGGCGUGGCCAUCCAGCUGGGGGAGUCGGGCCUGGUGGCCGGAGGUCGCGUGGGGACGCCGCACUUCAUGGCGCCCGAGGUGGUGAAGCGGGAGCCGUACGGGAAACCCGUGGACGUUUGGGGCUGCGGCGUCAUCCUCUUCAUCCUCCUGUCGGGCUGUCUGCCUUUCUACGGCACCAAAGAGCGCCUCUUCGAAGCCGUCUGCAGGGGCAAGUACAAGAUGAACCCGCGGCAGUGGAGCCAAAUCUCGGAGAGCGCGAAAGAUCUGGUGAGGCGCACGCUGAUGCUGGACCCCGCCGAGAGGAUCACGGUUUACGAGGCCCUCAACCAUCCGUGGCUCAAGGAGCGAGACCGCUACGCCUACAAGAUCCAUUUGCCGGAGACGGUGGAGCAGCUCAGAAAGUUCAACGCCAGGAGGAAGUUGAAGGGAGCCGUGCUGGCGGCGGUGUCCAGUCACAAGUUUAAUUGCUACUACGGGGACCCCCCUGAGGAACUGCAGGACUUCCCGGACGAGCCCACGUCCUCGGGGCUGCUGGCAGCAGAGCGCGCCGUUUCUCAGGUGCUGGACAGUUUGGAGGAGAUCCACGCGCUGACCGACUGCAGCGAGAAGGAUCUCGACUUCCUGCACAGCGUUUUCCAGGACCAGCAUUUACACUCGCUGCUCGACCUCUACGACAAGAUCAACACCAAGUCGUCCCCGCAGAUCAGGAACCCGUCCAGCGACGGCGUGCAGAGGGCCAAAGAGACGCGGCCGUCGCCCCGAGAAGACGCCGACGCUGUCAAAGGCCUGCGAUACGUGCUGGAAGAGAUCUCGUGCUACCCGGAGAACCACGACGCCAAAGAACUGCGACGGAUUCUGACUCAGCCGCAUUUCAUGGCGCUGCUGCAGGCCCACGACGUGGUGGCCCACGAGGUCUACAGCGAGCAGGCGCUGAGGGUGACGCCGCCGCCCGCCUCGCCCUACCUGAACGGCGACUCGCCCCAAAGCGCCAACGGAGACGUGGACCUGGAGAACGUCACCAGGGUGCGGCUGGUGCAGUUCCAGAAGAACACGGACGAGCCCAUGGGCAUCACGUUGAAAAUGAGCGACGCCAACAACUGCAUCGUGGCCAGAAUCAUGCACGGGGGGAUGAUCCACAGACAAGGCACGUUGCACGUCGGCGACGAGAUCAGGGAGAUCAACGGCAUCGGCGUGGCCGACCAGACGGUGGAGCAGCUGCAGAAGAUGCUGAAGGAGAUGCGAGGCAGCAUCACCUUCAAGAUUGUUCCCAGCUACAGGACGCGGGCCUCCUCCUGUGAGAAAGUGUCGCCCUGCACGUCCCGCCAGUCGCCUGCCAACGGCCGCUCCAGCGUUAACAGUUCCAUCUUGGACCUUCCGUCCGCCGUCCAGCCCAAAAGCCGACAGAUCUACGUGCGGGCUCAGUUCGAGUACGACCCCUCCGAGGACGAGCUGAUCCCCUGCAAGGAGGCCGGCGUCCGCUUCCGCGUGGGCGACGUCCUCCAGAUCAUCUCCAAGGACGACCACAACUGGUGGCAGGGCAAGCUGGACGACACCAAGAACGGCGCCGCCGGCCUCAUCCCGUCGCCCGAGCUGCAGGAGUGGCGUGUGGCGUGCAUGGCGAUGGAGAAGACCAAGCAGGAGCAGCAGGCCAGCUGCACGUGGUUCGGCAAGAAGAAGAAGCAGUACAAAGACAAAUACUUGGCCAAGCACAACGCAGUGUUCGACCAAUUAGAUUUGGUCACCUACGAGGAGGUGGUCAAGCUGCCCGCCUUCAAGAGGAAAACGCUGGUUUUGUUAGGCGCUCACGGCGUUGGCCGGCGACACAUCAAGAACACGCUCAUCACCAAACAUCCCGACAGAUUCGCGUACCCCAUCCCGCACACCACGAGGCCGCCCAAGAAGGACGAGGAGGACGGCAAGAACUACUUUUUUGUGUCGCACGAGCAGAUGACGCAGGACAUCAGCAACAACGAGUACUUGGAGUACGGCAGCCACGAGGACGCCAUGUACGGCACGCGCCUGGAGACCAUCCGCCAGAUCCACCGGCGGGGGCUGCUCGCCAUCCUCGACGUCGAGCCUCAGGCGCUGAAAGUUCUCCGCACGGCGGAGUUCGCGCCGUACGUGGUGUUCAUCGCGGCGCCGACCAUCACGCCGAGCAUCCAUGAGGACGAGUCGCUGCAGCGUCUCCAGAAGGAGUCCGAGAUCCUGCACAAGACGUACUCGCACUACUUCGACGAGACCGUCGUCAACAACGAGAUCGACGACACCAUCGGCCGCCUGGAGGAGGCGGCGGCGCUGGUGUGCGGCGGCGGCGGCGGCGGCCAGUGGGUGCCCGUCUCCUGGGUUUACUGAGGAGGGCCCCCCUCGCCCCCACCCCACCUUUUUUUUUUUUUUUUAACUCAACGGUGGACAUUGACUUUGACUGAGGGGGGGGGUGGGGGGGAAAUGAAAACACAAAAACGUCAUCCGGCCUCACUAUUUAUUCACGCCGCAUUCUGCUUUUCUCCCUCCUUUUUUUUUUUUUUUUUUUUAACCUCUCGCUCCACUGACGUCAUUUUGGACUUUCGAGGAAACUCCUUCAUGCCGUUACAAUUCUGGCGCCCACCGGUUCUUAUUAUUGGGGAAAAAAGAAGACGGCGACCGAUGCGGUCCAUGUUUCCCUCUCGUUGCUGUGCAGAGAUUUGAAAAAGAAUCCAGAAGACGUUUGAGAGGUCGCCAAUCGUCGCCGCCUCCAACGUUGCACUUUUGCAAAAACUGACAGCUGGCAAAAUGGUGCCAGGUGAUCGCGGCUCAUCGGGCCCAGUGCAACUUUUGGUUGUUUUUCUUUCCAUCAGUUUCUGUUCACUUUCUGGACUCUUUUGCGGCCUUUCGUCCCACCGCACGUCCGAGCUCUUUCCUGCCUUUGAGAAGAAAAAAAAAAAAAAGAUGCACUUUUUUUUGGGGGGGGGGGCGGGGGUUGCGUUGCGUGACAAGCAAAAAGACAGUUUUAUCCCCCAGAACUGCAAUACGAUGGCAAUGGACGUCAUAUUUUGAAGUGAAAUGUAACAUUUUACAAGAAUAAAUGUGGACUGUAACCAGACAAAACCUGAACGAUGUCCUGACAGAAAAGAAUCUUUUGGGAACUAUGAAAAGUUUUUUUUUUUUUUCCCCCAAAAUGUGGCUUCCUCCAACAGCUGAACUUGAUUUGAUGGAAUGUCCGUGUAUAAAAAGUCACAACAGUAGGAAAAAGGCUAUUUAAAAAAAAAAAAAAAAAUGGUUUUACUACUCGAGCAAAGAUGACGUAGUGAUUUUAUUUGGAAUGACGAUUUUUUUUUUUCUUUUGCCCCAUAAGAGGGCAGUCAAAAUAUGGGGAAAGGGAAACAUUUUAUGAAAUUAAGCAUAACCCAAGGAAGGAAAGAAAUGUGGCAAACUUUCAAUUUUGCCAUAAUAACAAUAAUAAAGCAGUCAUGCUCCGUGCCCACUGGACUCCAAAGCCAGAUUUGGACCUUCUACUAGAACUGCGUUGACUUGUGGAGUCAAUGUUACGACGAGGGAAAAAAAAAAAAGAAGUUCCGAUCCAAGAAGAAAAGAAGGAGGAGGUGAGCCGUCAGAUCGCGAGAACAAAUAAAUAGAAGCAAACGUUUUAGCGGAGUAAGCGUUCAUCAUCAUCAUUUGGGAGAGGUGGUCAAGGUACCGGGGGGG